AUGCACCCGCGCUGGGUGGAGAGCUACGGUCUUGCGGGUGCUGCGGGUCGCAUUAGCAGGUUGUUAUUGUUAUCGCCUGCUGUCGUCUGGGAGCCGGUUACGGAAGAUAAUUUAGCCCUAACGGUGUCAUAUAAUAAUCUUACCAAUUCAAUGAGCUACGCUACUCCACUCUCUACACUCCUGCGCCUGUGUUUGGUUUUUGUGUCAACUUUAGAUGGAAAUGCUUUAGUGAUGCGGUCUAUCAUCCGUUUCUCAGUUUUAACUGUGGAGAGUUUUCCUUAUCAAGCACCACACGAUCACGACUCCGGUAUGUUUAUUAACUUUCAUCCCCUCUUGUUAAUAUUUAUUUUUUGCAACCACCAUGUAGCAAAGUGGAUAUGA